UUAGUUUAAAUUUCAUACUUGUUUUUUCCUGAGGCCAUUGACUAUGCCUUGUUGGCGUCACAAACUUGAGCUCCUAGCCAACGACCGAUGGCUAGUCUUCGUCUGUGCCAUGUGGAUCCAAUCCGUCGCCGGCGUCGGUUAUUUAUUCGGCGGCUCUAUGUCUCCGGCGAUCAAGACAUCCCUUGGUUACAAUCAGAAACAAAUCGCUCUACUCGGCGUUGCUAAGAACCUCGGUGACGCAAUUGGAUUCGUCUCCGGUGCUUUAUCUGAGGUCUCACCUUCCUGGGUGGUUCUAAUCGUCGGUGCAACCCAGAACCUUAUCGGCUACGGUGUCGUUUGGCUAGUCGUCACUGGUCAAUUGCCUAAUUUGCCUCUCUGGAUGUUGUUUGUUGCUAUAUUCGUGGGAACAAAUGGAGAAACUUACUACAAUACAGCAUCGCUUGUGUCAUGUAUUCAUAACUUCCCGGAGAGCCGUGGUCCUGUUGUUGGAAUCUUGAAAGGCUUUUCUGGUUUGAGUGGAGCAAUCUUGACUCAGGUUUACUUGAUGUUCAACCCUUCUCAUGAUUCUUCGGUUAUUCUCAUGGUUGCUCUUGGACCACCAGUAGUGGUUCUUGCUCUGCUAUUCAUUGUUAGACCCGUUGAUGAAAGGAGUUGCAGAACGAACUUGCGUUCUGAUGAUUUACGGUUCCUGGCUAUUUACGGUUUUUGUGUUGUUCUUGCUGUAUAUUUACUAGGAUUGUUGGUACUUCAGAGUCUUGUUGAUAUAUCUCAAACUACUAUCACAACCUCUGGAGCCAUCCUUGUCGUUUUCAUGGUUGUUCCAGUUCUUGUCCCUUUUUCAUCGGUUUUUACCUCGGGUAAUAGUGUCACCUUAGUGAAGUCCCAAGAAGGAACUUCCAAUGUGGAUCAGCAUGAGGUUAAAACUUUAAUUGAGAGAAGUGACAUACUGCCGGAGAAGAAAAGAGCACCGUGUAUAGGAGAAGAUUUCACCUUGCUACAAGCUUUGGGACAAGCUGACUUCUGGCUUAUAUUUAUGUCUCUGGUUCUAGGUGUAGGUUCGGGGAUAACGGUUAUAGACAAUCUUGGUCAGAUUUGUUAUUCCCUCGGGUAUAACAACACCAAGAUAUUUGUCUCACUGAUCAGCAUCUCCAAUUUUCUCGGCCGUGUUGCUGGUGGCUACUUCUCUGAGCUAAUCAUACGAAAAUUCUCACUUCCAAGAACAUUGGCAAUGUCUGCGGUUCAGAUGAUAAUGUCUUUAGGGCUUAUCUACUAUGCAAUAGACUGGCCCGGGAAGAUCUACGUAGUGACCAUUGUAAUAGGAAUGGGUUACGGCGCUCAUUGGGCCAUCGCUCCUGCUUCAGUCUCCGACAUUUUUGGCUUGAAGAGCUUUGGUUCUCUCUAUAAUUUCCAGAUUACAGCUUUGCCUAUAGGGUCGUUUGUUUUCUCAGGUGUGAUUGCUAGUAACAUCUAUGACUACUACGCCAGAAAGCAAGCUGGAACCACCACAGAGACUGAGUCGCUCGUCUGCACGGGCACAGUUUGUUAUUCAGUCACGUGCGGUCUCAUGUCCAUGGUGUGUCUAAUGGCUAUGGUGUUUAGUUUGAGUGUUGUUUAUAGGACUAGGAAGUUUUACUUGAGGAUUCACCGAGUCUCAAAGACUUAAAGAUUGUGCAAUUGUCAUUUAGAUCUUUCGAAGAUUUAUAUGUAAGCAAUUUCUACAAGCUUCGGUUCCAUCAAACAUGCCUAAUUAGAGUUCA